UCCUCGUGCAACACAAUAUCCCACUUAAACUAAAUCAAAGCCAUGGCUAGCUUGCGAUCUUGUUUCCUUCCAAUGCCCAUGUUGUUCUUAACUACCUUGUUAUUUUUUAUGAACAAAGUGGUGGACUCAACAGAGUCCCUCUCUUUCUCUUUCAGCGAGUUCAUCCCAAGUCAACAGGACUUGGUCUUCCAAGGUGACUCCUCGGUUAGCUCAACAGGGAGGUUGCAACUCACCGUGGUCAAGGACGGCCGCCCAAUUAGCUCCACGGGCCGAGCCCUAUAUGCGGCCCCGGUCCGCAUAUGGGACAACAAAACAGGCAACGUUGCAAGCUUCGUCACUUCCUUCUCAUUCAUCAUCAACGCACCCAAUACAACCGCUGAUGGCCUUGCCUUCUUUCUCGCACCCGUGGACACCCAACUCCAAAACUCCGGUGGGUUCCUCGGACUCUACCCCAACCAAGAUGAAAGUAAAUCAUACCAAGUUGUCGCGGUCGAGUUUGACACUUUCUUGAACUCUUGGGAUUCGACAACUCCACACAUUGGAAUUGAUGUCAACUCCAUCAAAUCAUUGAUAGUUGGAUCGUGGGAUUUUCAAAAUGGCCAAGUAGCGAAUGUUGUCAUAAGCUAUCAAGCUUCAACCAAACAAUUGACUGCCUCUUUGGUCUACCCUUCUGGUCUGGCCAGAAUUAUCUCUGCUAUGGUCGACUUGAAGAGUGUUCUUCCAGAGUUUGUCAGAGUUGGUUUCUCAGCUUCAAGUGGAGCCUUUGUUGAAUCACAUGAUGUUCUUUCAUGGUCUUUCCAAUCGAAGUUGCCAGCGGGUAGUAAAGGUGUUGCAGCUUUCAACAAGGUGCUACGGACUUGAUUAGCUAAGUCUACUUUGUAUGUAUGUAUACGUGAUGCUCGCAUGUAAUAAGGAUAAGAUAUAUGAUAUCUUACAAAAUAAAUAAGGCUUAAAUUUGUCUA